AUUGCAUCAACAGUCAUUAGGUCCUAGUGUGCGCACUGUAAAGAUGGAGAAAUAUAGGACAGUAUUGAAUUUAGUUUUGAAGCAGCAUGCUACCCUAGGAUACGGCUUCCUGGCCUUACUAACAGCUGGGGGAGAACAACUGUUCUCUGUUGUUGUGUUCAGCUGCCCCUGUAACUCAUGGAACUUUGCCUACAGCAUGGUUUUUCUUUUCGUCCCUGCCCUGGUGUUAUUUUUACUGGGAUACUUCAUAAGCAACAGAACCUGGAAGCUAUGUACUGGCUGUUGCAUCAUUCAAGCAAAGCAGUACUCUAAAAGAAUCCUCUGUCGUGGCUUAAAAAUUUUUGUCCAAAUCACAACCGGUGCUUUAGUAGCUCCUAUAACAUGGAUUUCUGUUGCUUUGCUGAAUGGCACUUUUUAUGAAUGUGGUAUGUCCGGCUAUUACAAUGAGCACUUCUUAAAGACAAUCUGCAAUAACAAAUCCAAUGACUGUCAAUCCAAUCUUUUUAAACUGCCUUGUGGUCGUACAGCAUUGCCUCUGUCCACCCAGGAGGAUAUUCUCAUUACCCUGCGUGCACACUCUCAGGUGAUUGGAUGGAGCCUGAUAGCAACCAUCACAGUUUUCACUCUGGCCUCUACCUGCAUUAUACGCUGUUGCUCUCCAGUCAGCUUCCUCCAAUUGCAGUUUUGGAAAACGUACAAGGAAAAGGAGAAUGAGCUAUUUGAGCAGAAAUCGGCCGUGCAUGCCAAACAAUUGGCGGAGAGAAACCUGAACAGCUUCUUUGAAUCUGAAGGACCGAAGGAGAUCAAAACCCCAAGCAGAGCAUCAUGGGAGGAGAUUUCCCUGCUGUACUCCUUCAGUAGAAAUGAAGAGUACUAUAGCACGAUACACAAAUAUGCAGAAAGGAAGGCCGACAAUACCCAUGCAUCAUCCUCCACUAUCAACAUGGAUGUGCCUGCUGUACUGGACUUUGUUGAUGGUGGCAAAAAAUCUGUUGAUACCCAUAUUUGAGAAUACACUCAGGCAAGGGUAACUGCAAUAAUUCUACACCUUUCCCCAUUGCCUGAAAUAAGUAGUGUUAUUAUGCUUGCUUAUCAAAAUUAUGUGGCAAUAUUUAUAUAAGAUUUAUUUUAUUAGACAUGUAAUGGCACUUUUACAACAUUUUUAUUAUACUUUAUGUAUUUUAUAUAUUUGUAUACAAACUCUUUUGUUGAGAGAGUGAGGAGCACUUUGUUUUAAGGAACAGUGUGGUAAGCUGAUGGAUGCUGGAUCGGAGGGCUGCUAGGGAGGAGCAGGUUUCUUCUGCCUGUAGUUAGUAGUUACAAUUGUCAGGGUAAUGGAUUCAGAGAAUCUUAAAAGGAUAAUAUCUUUAUGAAAGAAAAUGUAUGGGAAGUAUGUUCUAAGUGAGUAAAUUUUUCAUCUUGCACUAAUCACCAGGUUCUUUGUAAUCCAGAAUUGAAUGAACUUAAAUAAUUUUAUACUUAAAAAGCUCGAUACACAGAAGACCUUCAUAUUCAGUGUCUAACAGGACAUUUUAGGGAAAAUUCAGGUUUACCAUAUUCCUAGCAGGAUGUUGUGUUCAAUAAGAGUGAAGGCAGAGCUAAGGCUACUUGAAAUCCUGACAAUUCAGUUCCAUUUGCACCUAUAUAUCGUAUAUGAUUGUUUGAAUUUUAUUGGCCUGGAAAUUUGGAGCAGGUUUGUUUUGCCACUUUUGCCAGACCGCUAGAUAAGUCCUAAAUUAGAACACAUUGGCAGGGACACAGAUUUAUUAUUUAUAUAUAUCCUCCAAGUUUCCUUGGUAUGUAAUCCACAGACUAAAAUGGUGUAAACCUCUGAACUAAUUGAUGCAUAGGCAAAUAGUGAUUGUUAAGAUAAUACCUCUAAAUUACACAAUUGCAUCAAUUGACAUAUCAAUGUAGACUUUUUCAAUCUUCCAUUCGAGGCCAUUAGAACAGGUUGAGAAGGAGCCGAUUGAAGUCAAUGGAAACGAAAACCAAAGAGAGCGUACAAUGGAAGCUGAUUUGCUAUUUCCCCACACAAAAUGACCAUUGUAAUGGACUCAGUUUGAAGUCACAGAAAGACCAAAAAUAUCUUAGCCCAAAUGUUCAAAAAGAGUAAACCUGAAAAUAAAAUGUGGCUUAAAUCUGGUUAGCACUUUUCACUGCACAAUUUUUUUUCUGGAAUCUUUUAUCUCCUUUAAUUAAAUUCAAUUAAAUUUUAUGCUGAACUGACAUUUUAUAAUGAUACGAAUUUACUGAGAGAAAACUGCAUUACUAAUGUUUAUUGACAUCAUGUAAAUGUAUUAUAAUUUCAAGGAUGAACAAACUUGUAAAAACUAUACUAUAACUAGGAACAUUAUUAAUCACAAGGAAAAUAAACUUAUUUAAAUAGAUAUCUAUAUAUUUAUAAUACAUAAUAGAUUUUAGUUUAUCAGAUAGAGUCUUUAAGCUGAAGUCAUUGGCUGGGACUUUCCUCAGAUCUCCUCCCACUCUGCCACUGUAUUUUCACCACAAGCGUAA